AUGUCUCAACCCGCUCGCAAUGUCGGCGUGAUAGGUGCAGGUGCAAUGGGGUUCGCACUCAUCGAACGACUAAUCAAGCGAGAUUUCAGUGUGUGGGUCUUCGACCCUUCGCCUGACGCACGCAAGCGAUCUUCUGAUGCUGGCGCCUUAUGUGAGGACUCCGCAGAGGCUGUCUUUGAAAAAGGGAUCCCUGUCAUCACUUGCGUGGCGUCUCCAAUUGCCUUCAAGAAAACGGUUGAGGCUGCUCUUGCGAAACCCGUACACAAUGGCGCCGCUCCCAUUAUCGAAGCAAGUACAAUCGACACCGCACUCAAAAUGGAGGCGAGGGCGCAGUUGGCUCAGGUUGGUCGCACCUUGCUCGAUUGUCCGGUCAGCGGCACGAGCUUACAGGCUCGCAAUGGCGAUAUUAUUGUGUUCGCCAGUGGUGAUGAGGACGCCUUGUCUGUUUGCGAUCCUAUCAUUUCAGCAAUUGCACGCAAAACGGUACGGGCGGGCAAAUUUGGGUCGGGAAUGAGGCUGAAGCUACUGGCGAAUCAUUUGGUGGCACUGAAUUCCAUGGCCGCUGCAGAAGUACUUGUGCUCGCGCGAAAGGCCGGCCUGGCUCCGGAAAUGGCGCUGGAAGUCUUGACUCAGAGCGCAGGGAAUUCGCGAAUGCUCGAGGUGCGUGGGAAGAUGAUGAUUGCUCAUGACUAUCUCCCAGCAACGGGCAGCAUCGACCUGAUUGUCAAGGACGGUGAUAUGAUUCAGAAUUUGGCCCGAGAGGUUGGAUGCACGCUACCUCUGUUCAGUCGAGCACAUUCGCUUUACCACUCGGCGCAGGAUGAAGGACUGGGGGCACAUGAUAUUGGAGGAAUCCAUGGAUACCUUCUCGGGCUCAACAGUGAGCCAUAA